AUGGCCGAGAUGAAACGUGAAGCGAUAAUAGACGUAAUUAGGGACAGUUUUAAUAUCUUACUUCGUUGUGAGAGGUUUGUAGUUUGGUAUCUCCACUUCUGGACGACUUUUCAGGAACCCUUGGAAAAUCAUGCAGAUGUUCACGAUUAAUCCCACGCGCGCAACGAAAAUUGUCAACGGAAAGUGUGAAAAAGUUUGUUGGCUUGGAAAUUUUUGAAAGAAGAAGCUGGUGAUAAAUGAAACUAUUAAAAUUUCCUUGUCGGGGCGAAACAGCUCAAAGGGGCUGUAGAUUUUCUGGAAGAAGGAUAGGGAAAUUUUAAAAAUGAAGAUCCCGGGAAAAAUCUAAAAGUACCUGAAGGAAGGUGUUCAGAAAAAGGCCUUCCUAGCGACUUUUCAUGACUUUUCAUCAGAUUGGUCAUUUUUAAAGAGAUUAAAAGAAGUUAAAAAGAAAAAGGUAAUUUUAAAUUCCAGAAUAGGAAGUACUGUAAAAAGAUGCUCUUUCUUGAAUAAUUGUUAAAAUAUCUUGGAAGGGACUUUUUUUAACCUUUUUUUAAUCCUUGAAAGGUCGCUUUAUUCUAAAAAUUUUCAUUUUUUUGAAGAAGUUGAGAAGGAAAGUUUCCAGUUAUGAUUUUUAAAAAAAUCAGAAGAAUGUGUAGGUUGACGAGGACGAGAUUCUGAACGAGGACGACAAGAAUUUGAACAAAAUCGUGUGCCGUCGAUGUUCCUCCGUUAUUUUUCCCGCCGACGCCGUCAUGUUCGUCAAAGGUCCUUCUACAAUUCUUACGAAAAAUGAAAUAUGGAUGAAAUUUCAGAACAGCCCUACGAUUUGAGUAUCAUGACGCAUCAGGUACCUUUUUUUCUUCUGCGAAAUUGCAUCGCAACUUUAUUUUGCCAAAAAAUUUUAAAAUCCUUGUUUUACGUUCACGGGCAAAGGCUAAAUGGCCUCAAUAAAAAAGAAUAAUCUUGAGCUUUUUUUGAGUUCCUUAAAAGGUGUCAAAAGUUUCUCGAAAUCGCCUUUUCCCCUGAUUUCCACCUCGUUAUUUUUUUUCUCCUAGAAAGGUCCGUUGAGAAAAAGGACAAAGAGGCCUGUAGAGCCUUUUUUGGCCCUUCCGGACUUUUCCAGUGCAUUAUUGGCUAUUUUCAGGGCAAAGGAAACCCACCGAAAGAGCGAAUCUCGUGGUGGUGGUACACGGAAGACGACAUGGUCUUCGAUACCGUUGGCUGGCAAACGAUCAAUAAGAAGAAGGUCUUUUUUGGCGAUAAUUGAAAAGUCGAAAUAAAAUUUUAUUGAAAAAAAAAAUUUAGAAGUGUUCAAGGAAGAAAUUUAAAAAAAAAGAGCGUAAGCUUUCCUCGUUUUUUUUUUCGUUCCCAAAAGACCGUAUACUAGGCGCUAUACCGUAUUGGACUAAAUUUUACCAAAUUUCGUUGUAAGACCUUUAUUUUCGUUGUCCCCAAAUGUUUUUAGGUAGUUUUUUCCUCUGCGGUUUUUUGAAAACGGGUUCAUCUUGCGCCGAAAAAUCUAUAAUUUAUUUUAGAAGAAUACUUGAUCGAAAAUAUUAAUAGCAUGCCCCGCCCAUCUCGUGCAGCGUCCGCACGCUUUUCGCGGCACAGCAGGCGCAUACUUUGAAAGCCCUCGAAAAAAAAACCGCUUUCUAGGUUUUAAUGUGUGGCGACUGCGAGUUGGGACCGAUCGGCUACAGAUCCGAGGACAACCGCCGCUUCUGGGUCGCCGUCGAACGAGUCAAGUACGCAGAAUGA